AGACAGUUUUAAAGUUUCCAGAGACUUGUUCUGCUGUUAAGAAGUUGUGCUCAAAGCCGAGGAGCCAAGACACUUGCCAAAAUGUGCAAAGGACUUGCAGCUUUGCCCCACUCAUGCCUGGAAAGGGCCAAGGAGAUUAAGAUUAAGUUGGGAAUUCUGCUGCAGAAGCCAGACUCGGCUGAUCUUGUCAUCCCUUACAACGAGAAGCCUGAGAAGCCAGCCAAGGCCCAGAGACCCUCGCUGGAUGAGGCCCUGCAGUGGCGUGAUUCUCUGGACAAACUCCUCCAGAACAAUUAUGGACUUGCCAGUUUCAAGAGUUUCCUGAAGUCUGAAUUCAGCGAGGAAAACCUGGAGUUCUGGAUUGCCUGUGAAGAGUACAAGAAGAUCAAGUCCCCUGCUAAGAUGGCUGAGAAGGCCAGGCAGAUUUACGAGGAAUUCAUCCAGACGGAGGCUCCUAAGGAGGUGAAUAUCGACCACUUCACUAAAGACAUCACGAUGAAGAACCUGGUGGAACCUUCGCUGAGCAGCUUUGAUGUGGCCCAGAAAAGAAUCCAUGCUCUGAUGGAAAAGGAUUCCCUGCCUCGCUUUGUGCGCUCUGAGUUUUAUCAGGAGCUUAUCAAGUAGUAACUUGGUGGUCAGGCUCUGAAAGUCAGCCAGUGGGUUAGUGCCUCCGUCAUCACCCCAGGUUGCCCCCUAAUCCUGUAUCUUUCCAUAGUAGCUUUGCUUGAAGAUAACUAAGAAGAAACUUCCCAAGAAGUGUUGCUUAUGUUUCCCACCUUGUGUUGGAUGUUUGCCCAUGGUGCUCAUGCUCUGUUGUUCCUGCCCCAUUGUUAAUUAAACUCUAUACAAGUUUGAAGGUGAAGCACAGAAAAACCGUGUCUGAGGCAGAGAAAUGCUUAUCACAAACAUGCUAUCUUUGGGUUUAGCAUUAAAUCUCCACCUACAACGGUUUUAAAAAAGAAUGGGGAUGAGGGAUGAUCACCUGAUUCGGAAUGUUACUUCUGCCCCCGGGAGACCACCCUCUGAUUAUUUCUGGAGUAACCUUACUUAAGUUUUAAGCAAAUUCAGUAUUUAAAAUAUAAUCUUUCCAUUAAAACAUCUUCAUGUUGGCUUGGGCAUUAGGAUAAGAGUUAUAAGAAUGAAUCUAAAUGCAAAUUCAUGUUGAUUGUAAUCAUUUUACCUCCUACCCUUAUGUCCCUGUUUAAGUCCCCAAGCUGUUUUCAAAACCAAUGACCUGAGACCAGCAUGACAAAUGUAUCUUUGCCCCAGAGUAUGUAGGCCAAAGUUUUAUUUGUCGUAUUUGAAAGCUCGUAAGUAUAAAAUCCACAGAUUUCUAAUUCCCAUGAUGUAAAAUGAAAGUAUCCACAGAAGUGUUCAUAACCUUGAUUAUAGUAAUAUAUAAAAAAGGGAAAAUCUCAUCAAGCUUAAAAUGACUAACUAUUCCAUGAGUCUGUCAUCUUUUUUUCCAUAAUGAGCGUUCCUUUCAAAGUACAAAAUCUCUUGGGAAAAGUUACUGAGGCUCUGUGUAGAGGCUUUUUAAGUGAGAGAGUUUUAGAGUCCUGCUUUUGCAGAAUAAUAACUUUUAGCAACACCAUCUUCCCUCACUAUUUUGCUUCACGCAAUAUUAAUUUGUACUUACAGAAAAAAGUGCAUAUUCCUGAUAUACCUUAUGCACAACUCAUUAUAAGUCACAUUAUUUUCUUAGUAGGUUUUAGCCUUUAAUUCCUUAUUUCAUGAUUGUAAGUCUUAGAAACUGUUAAUUAUCUUUAGCACAUUAGGUUAAGGUAGUGAUUUACAAAACUUAGUCCUAUAUAGAAUUAAACUAAGCCAUGUGUAAAAGUAAUCAAGGUUAGGAUACAGGGUGAUUCAAGAAGAAAGAAGAGGUAUUUUAAAGGACUAAUAAAAUUCCACAAUAUCAAAGUAGAAGACAAGAUUGUCUAGUCUUGAAUUUCCUUUUAUUAUUUUUUUUAAGUUUACAUAUGUAGUUCAUGUAUUCAGUUAUAUCCUAACAAUAUCAGAAGUAAAACAUUUAUGUUACUCUUUUCUUUUUGGGGGGCAGGGCUCACACUGAUUUUAGUCUAUUUGUGAUUUCAAAAGAUAACACUCCCUUCCUGAAUACUUGCCAUUUCACACUACGAAAGCAGAUCCAAGUGACUGGGUAUGCUGCCAACUGUGGCGGGAGGUGGUCCAAGAGACUCCACCACUGUAAGCACAAAAAUGUUCCUGCCACUUCUGUUUGUGUGAGGUGGAUAAAGAACUCAGACACAAACCCUCCAGGGUACACUCUGCCUCACCUUUUCAGCCUCUGUCUAUUGUGGCCCAAAUUAGUAAAAACAAACAAACAAAAAAACACAAAUGUUCCAAUUUUUCAUUUGUAUUCGAGCCAGAAAUGAUAGAAACCUUAGAAUCCAUAUCAAUUAUUUUUUUUUCUUGAAUGCCAAAGCAUUUUCAAGGGAGAAAAAUAAACUUAAAAGUCAAGUAUUCACAUGAUUUGAAAUACUUGUAUAUUUGAAGAGCAUUAAGUGGAUACAUAUCUUCAGAGAGUAGAUGAUACAAAGACUCCAGCUGCUCCUCCCCACAUUGGCUGCAUACCCCAGGUAACUGUGCAGACCUGUCCGUGGAGGAGGACCUCCCUUCACCUUCAUGGGAGCUGGAUGCAGGAGACCAAGUUCAGGAAGGCAUCAUGAGGGAGGACAGGACCGUGAGGCUACAAAAAGAAUGAAAGAAGGGACAUCCUCCAGGGGGUGGCAUUCUGCCUACCUUCAUCUGUAGCAUUUAUCUCUAUCUACCACCCAUACUUUCAAAUUUAAAGAAAUAUACACGCCCAUAAUUACAAGCUCUUCCAACAUGAGAAGUCAAUCAAGAAAUCAAAAGGAAUAGAAUCCUUCUAGACCCAAAUUAGAAAGCAAUUAUAUUAAAAUUACCCAAGGGAUUUCUUUGAAAGUUUUUCUUUGAAACAUACAAACAAUGAAACAAACUGAUAUUGCUAGUAGUUUCCAUAGCAACACAAAGAAAAUACCAUUCUUUUCAUUCUGGGAAACUAGAAAAUUUGGGAAAGACCUUUCCGGGAAAAAAAAAAGUAUAUAACUUCUAUUUAUGACUCUCCUUCCCUUGUCUUGCCUCCUCUCUUCUUUCCCUUGACUCAAUGGCCUGGGAAAGUAUGAAGGGUUAUGCAAGAGCCCUGGGCUGCUUGCAUGUUCCUUCCCUGUGAAAAUGUAAUUAUCGUUGUAAGUGGACUUGGGAGACAGAGGUGUUGGAACCAAAUUGUGGUCCAAGGAAAUGGGAGUCUAUACGCUUCUCACUCUUGAGAGUUUUAGCCCACGAUCUAAAACAGAACCUAAGUUUUUCUGCCUCGGUUUCAUCUAGUAGGGGUCGGGCUCAAAUGAAAAUCUGAAAUAGACCAGGACAAAGAGAGAGAGUAGCACCUCUGGGGAGAAAGAAUAGGUUAUGGCCCCUGUGUGCCUGCCACAGCAAUGCUUGUUCAAGCAGUGUUUCUGCACCCCUUGCCUCCCUACUCCCACACACAGAAAAUUUUUUCCUCCCACAUGCCACUUUUUGAAAUACAGAAUUGAGGCAUUGCAGGAACGUUGCUUUCAAAACAGCAAAGUCAAUUCAUAUGGAAACAUUUUGUGUUUCCUUCCCUAGAUGCUGUUAGGUUCUGAGUAAAUUUCAGUUUUUAACACAUAAAAGAAAUAACUUGGUGAAAAAUAAUGCUUUUUUAUUUGCAAUCUGCAAAAGCAUGCAUUUUACUUGCUUGAUGUGGUUGUUUUUUAACACCAAAUCUAUUUGAAUAGGACAAAACUGUGAAUUUUUCCAAAAAAUAAGUGUCUAGAAGUUUCAAGAUAAGUUUGAGCAUUCACAAAUAAGUAGCUAAAUAAGCAAGCAUUACCCUCUCACACACUGCAAUCUUAUCACAAAUUUGAAGGGUUGAGAUUCUUUGGAAAGCACAGUUAGAGUUCAGGGAAAUGAUUUUUUUAUUCCUGACACUGUUUCUGCUAGCAGGUCAUUUUCCCAGUUUUUGUGGAAUUUGUUGGGAAGAAAGUGGGUCAUGAGAAAGCAGGGAGGUUAGGGGAGAAGUGGGAAGAAGCAAGUAAGUGCUCAGAGCUGUGAAACUAAUUCACUCACUAGGGGAUAUUUAAGAGCAGCUCAGCCUGGUUGGAAAUCACACUUCCUCAUGUUCUUCCAGACUUGCAAGAUGUCUCUUGACUCGCAGUGCAGCUGGAUGGAAAAAUAUUAUCUCAGUGACCUAGAAAGCCUAGAGAAAAGGACAUGGAAGAACCAUCUGAUCUCCUCACUGGGCUUGAAUAUGCAGGAAGCAGAGAAGGAACACCUCCAAACCCAAGUGCUGGGAAACUCUGUGGGUUUUGGACAUGAAGUCUAGGUGCAUGUUAGCCAGUUCCAGCUGAUCUGCUGGUUGCCUUCUCUAGGUUUGUGCCUUCUUCACUGUAUUAGGCAAACACAUUUUUUUUAAAUUGUUCCCAGUGGAAGGCUCUUUGGUUAACCAUUCAGUAUCUGCGGCUUUUGUUAAGUUCACAUCUCACUGGCUUCUUCAGCAAAGCAGACCAUAAUUUACCCAAAAAAGAAUUUCCCAGAAUUAGUUAAUCAUCCUAGAAGUGAAAAGGUCAACUCUUCCCAUUGAGGAGAUGUGCAUGGCUUUGAACAGAAAUGCACAGCAGAGUGACAGGCAGGGAAAAAAAAACCUGGGAUAUUAUUCUCAACUUACAGUUCAAUAAUAAUCUUACUUUUCUAAUAUAGUAGCUACAAGUCAACCAGUUAACAUUUACAACUAGUUAAUUAAGUCUUUCCAAGUUCUCUCACCUAAGGUAUUUCUUCCCCCUUCUUCUGUACCUCCCCUUUUCCUCUCCCCUGAAGUAGGCAAUAUUUACAAUGGUUGAGUCUAAUUAUCAUUCAAAUAUUCUAAAUAUCAAUCAAAUAAUUACAAUGAGCACACUGAAAGCAUUUAACUUUCUAAGAAGGAAAAUGUAAAGAUUAAAGCAUCAAAACAGAGAAAAAGAGAGAAAUGUGAGAAUUUGCUAGUGGAGAACAGUAAUCAAGUUAACUUUUACUGGAGUUUCUUUUUGUGCUAUACAGGAUCAGAAUUUGGGGAAACAACUUGUUGGUAAUACUACAACUUACCAUUUGCUAUCAGAAGACACAGCAAGCAGAAAUGAAAGGUCUGUGAAUCCAUUCGUCUGCAUUUAUUCCAUAACUACUAAAGUCAGAAAUAAUGUAUUCAUCUUCUGAUUUUUGUAUUCAAUACAUUUGUACUAUGCAACUCACCCUUCUUGAUAAAUAAAGCACCAAAUAUGGAUCUGUAAUCGUGAUCACAUGUUACAUUAAAUAUAUAUCCAUAUCACUCU